AUAUAAAUCCCAGUCAACAGGAAGUAGUCUGCGACCCACGGUGCGGAUCUUUAGAGGAGAAUAAGACGUAAGCUGGUGUUUUGUGCCCAGAUUUGGUUUCCAGUGAGUUUAAAGCCCUGAAUAAAGCGACGAUGGAAACUAACACGUUGUCUCACUUCCUGGAGAUGGUGGCAGGCAGUGGCUGCACCCUCAACAUGGAGCAGCGAACCAUCCUUCAGACCUCACUGAUACUGCUGAGGAAAAAAGAACAGUUCAAGCGGGUUUUAUUUUGGGGGAAAAUAAUGGGAAGAGUUGUGGAUUAUUUUAUUGUUCAAGGACGAGGAGAGGACGAAUUGAAGGACAAAAAAUAUCUGUACAGCAUAAACUGCCUGGAAUGGUUCACACUCCCUCGUGUCACGGACACCAUGAUCGAGCAAGUGGCCAUCAAAGCCAAAGGUCGAUUCUACGGUGACCCUGCACAUGUGUACGAGGCUGACGACGAAAAUGAAAAGACCCGGGUGACUGAGGAGCACAGGCUGGCGGUGGCGGUUCAUCAGAUCGAGUCCGAGGUGUCGGUGGUACCUCGAGGCGCCUUCAUCAAGAUGGCUCGCGGCAUGGUGCAAGUCAACCGGAGCUUUGCUGGUCUCUCCUACACGGAAGCAGCGAAGCUGGAAAACUACCUCCACUUCACUGAACCCCAACACCUGAAGAACAAGUCUCUCCUGGAGAUGGCGGAUUUGAAUCCGGCGUACGACUUCCUGGACCCACUUAGUGUCGACGUUCCCAACGGCUGGUGCCUCCAGUUUGAAUGCGCCAGAACAGUGUGCACGAUCCGCAGCCUGCUGUGGCCGGGUCUCAUCUUCUACCACGUCCCCAUGACCGUGCAGUACGGCUACAUCUACAUCGGUGACGGACUUCGAAACUUGGACCUUCCCUUCAUGCUGUAACUUACAUACAUUACACAAGUGGGAAGAGCAACAACAUUACACAUUUUAUACUUAGACAAACAUAGGACAAAAGUUAACAUACAUACAUACAUGUUGAGAUUUAAUAAACAAGUUGACACAAA